GCGGUCGUUGUUGUUGUUGACAUCUUGGGCCGGCGGGAUGGUCUGCGAGAAAUGCGAGAAGAAACUUGGGACUGUUAUUACUCCAGACACCUGGAAAGAUGGGGCAAGGAACACCACAGAGAGCGGUGGGCGAAAAUUAAAUGAAAACAAAGCUCUGACGUCAAAGAGGGCAAGAUUCGACCCCUACGGGAAGAACAAGUUUGCCAUUUGCAGAAUCUGUAAGAGUUCUGUGCACCAGCCGGGUUCGCAUUACUGCCAAGGAUGCGCCUACAAAAAAGGCAUCUGCGCGAUGUGCGGGAAAAAGGUUUUGGACACCAAGAACUACAAGCAAACAUCCGUCUAGCGUCCGGCCGGCUCCCGGGGCCCGCGGCGCUACCUUCCUCCCGUUUUUACUUCCCGAAGCAGGGUGAAUUUCAUCCCCCACGUGCAGAUGGGAUAGCGCGUUCGGACACGGUCAUCUCGGAUGAGGACUCGGAGGCGGCCCCUUGGAUCCCGGCGGGAAGACACCCGGAGUCCGGACUCGACUCCGAGACCCUCCCAAGGCCCCCGUGAGCGUCUUUCCCUCCCAGAGCUUCUCGGCCGGGAGUUCGGGGGGUGGUCGUGCCUCUUCCCAAUUCCGCGGUCGUUAUCCAAAGUCAUUAAAAGUGGCAUUUGUCAUUU